GGAGGGGACUAGUCAGUCUGGCCAAUGGUGGCAUGAUUAUGUAAACGAGCUCAGCCAGUUGACCAGGAGUAAUGAAAUCGCUUGGAUCAAAUACUCCAGUGACCUCGUUGAAGUGUCUGGAACUAGGAACUUGUCUCAGACGAAGUGCAUCUUGGAGAAAACGUAAAUUCUGUGCUCGGCUUACAUUAGUAAAGAAAUUGAGCACCAGGUCUCAGAUGUCGUCUCUGUGAUUACCAAAGCGGAUAUUUAAAAAAAUAAAAAAUAAAACCCACAGCCAUUCACGAUGAAGUAUAAAAACCUGAUGGCAAAAGCCUUGUACGACAAUGUACCAGAAUCCCCUGAAGAGCUGGCAUUCCGCAAAGGAGACAUCCUGACUGUGAUUGAGCAGAACACUGGAGGCCUCGAAGGAUGGUGGCUCUGCUCUCUGCAUGGCCGACAAGGCAUCGCCCCGGGCAACCGCUUGAAACUCCUCAUAGGGCCCAUGUUUGACAGCCAGUCCCCCAACCAGACACCCACACCCCAGUCCUCCCAGAAUCAGGGUUGUCCGGCACCCAUCACACAGAACUCCUCCUUCAAAGACUCUGUUUACCAAGUGCCUCCAUCUCAUCAGAACCAACAGAGCAUCUACCAGGUGCCCCCCAGCCACCGCCCAGUUGGCAAAGAUAUAUACCAAGUGCCUCCCUCUAUUCAGAGGAGCAUCUGGGGUACGGAUGGACCUUCCAGCAAGGUGGUCACCCCAGUCCGGAUUGGACAGGGCUAUGCCUAUGAGUCUCCCUCCCAAUAUCAGCAGGAUGUGUAUGACGUGCCACCCAUUCGAUCACAUGAUGUGUAUGACAUCCCUCCAAGAAUGCAAAAGGGCCCUGACCAGAUGGGAGAUCCUCGGGCUCAAGGAGUCUAUGAUAUCCCCCCUUCAACACAUGGGGUGUAUUCUGCCCCCCUUCAAAGAGAGGGUAACUACGAUUUUCCACCAGCAAUGAGGAAUAAACCUGAAGGAGUAUAUGAUGUACCGCCUCCCAGCAUUAAACCACAGGGAGAGUCCAACUAUGAUUUUCCACCAAGUUCUGACAUGGCGCCACGCAACAACAAAGGCAUCUACGACAUCCCACCCCCCCACUUGCUUGGUCACCAACUUGGGGCCCAGAAGGAUGUGUACGAUAUUCCUCGAGGGAUGCAACCCCCUGGAAAGCAAAAAGCUGCUGGAGACAGGCUAGCCCCAGAGAAGGGAGAAGGCAUAUAUGAUGUACCCCCUCAGGUUUUGCAAGAUUCUAAAGGUUUACAUGAUGUGAUCGAUGGGAUGAACAGGUUGUCUUUCUCCAGCACAGGAAGUGCAAGAAGCAACAUGUCAACCUCCUCCACCACCUCCAAAGAGUCAUCAGUCUCCACUACCCCUAUACAGGAGAAGAAACUCCUUUUAGACUUAGACACAGCCAUCCAAAGGGUUUCCUGGCUUCAGCAGAGUAUCGAGUCGUCUGUCUCGGGUCUCAUGGGUUAUGUGGCCCCCAACUGGAGGUCCUACGAAUAUAUGGAGAAGCACAUGAAUGAGAUUCGUGCAGCUGUAAACAAAAUCAAGCAAAACUUGACAGAUUUUUUAAAUUUCAGCAAAGGGGCGACAGCCAAUGCAUCAGGCCUAUCGGACCUCAUCCUGUACACCAAAUUUAAAAAGCAGCUUCAGAGACUGGAGGAUUCUAACCAAAUCCUUACGCAAACCAGUCAUGCCCUGGAUGGCUGGAGCUGGUCCAUAAAUAUAUUGGCUACCAAUAAGCCACACAACAAAUGUGAUGACCUGGACCGGUUCAUCAUGGUGGCAAGGACAGUUCCGGACGAUGUCAAGCAGUUGGCAUCCUCCAUCACCACUAGCGCUGAGCUCCUGUUUCAAAGAUCCCCAUGCGGCUUGAGUUCUAUUAGUGUCAUUGAUCCAAGAGCUGAAGAUAAAAACUCAGUAGACUACAUUUAUAAUAGCCCACAGCCACACCUGGGAAAAGAGGACAAUACAGUCGUCCAGAGCAGGGCUUUGUCUGGUCUGCCUGAUACUGACCAAAAGUCAAACAGCAUCGCUGAGAAAUGUGUGAAGAGCUGGAUGGAAGAUUAUGACUACGUCCAUCUACAGGGAAAAGAGGAAUUUGAGAGGCAACAAAAAGAACUUUUAGAGAAAGAGAACAUCAUCAAACAGAAGAAGAUACAGCUGGAACAGGAACAGCUUAAUCAGUUCAAACAGCUGGAGAAAGAGGUUAUCAAGCCUGUAGAAAAUGACAUGUCUACGUGGAGCGCAUCCCAGAACAUUCCCCAGACGAACAGUGGCCAGUGUGCUAAGGACAAGCAGUUGCUUUUCUUCUAUUCUGAGCAGUGCGAGACCCACUUUGUUACACUUCUGAACGCCAUUGACGCCUUCUUCAGCUGCAUUAGUGCAGGCCAGCCUCCCCGAAUCUUUGUUGCUCACAGCAAGUUUGUCAUUCUCAGUGCUCACAAACUCGUGUUUAUCGGGGAUACCUUGUCUAGACAGACCUCCACUUUGGAGAUCAGGAAUAAAGUUAUGAACUGCAGCAACAUCCUGUGCGAACAUCUAAAAUCAAUUGUGUCAUCUACCAAAAUGGCUGCCCUGCACUACCCCAGCACAGUAGCUGUGCAGGACAUGGUGGACAGGGUAACGGAUCUUUCCCAUCAUGCACAGCAAUUUAAGCUGCAGCUGCUACAAAUGGCAUCUAUGUAAAAUAAAAUACAAAAAAACAGACUUUGUGACUUUUAAACUUUCUUCUGGAAAGAAGCACCAAUACAUUGUAGUAAUAUGUUGUACAUAUUUAGUGUAUAUAUAUUUUGUCUAGUGUUUUUGCUGAAGGUAACUUGGCAGAACUAUUUUGAUGCUUUAAACAAAAGAAAAGAACAUUUAUUUUUACAGUACGAUGACGUGUCUCAACAUUCCACUCCAUUGGUAUUCAUAUUAAGCACCUUAUGAAGUAUUCAUCAGAAAUAUUCAAUCAGCAGAUGUAUAUCUUGGUUGAAUUAAAUGUCAUAUUUUACUGGUAAUACACGCCUCUAUAAAGUAUGUUUCAUGGUAACUUAUGUAAAGAAUCAGAAAGCUGUUUGCCUUCUGUGCUUUUUAUUAUAAUGUUAUGAAUUAAAACAAGAUGAAGGGUGUAUACAUGAUACCAAGUCAUGAUGUGUUCUUGCUAUGAGUAAUGAUGACUCUUCAUUGAUGAAAUUGGGGUUUCAAGAACUAAACAAGUAGUUUGCUUUAUAUCUCAAUCGUUAAGGAGAAGCCUAUGUUUCAACCAGCAUAACUAGAAGUGGCAUACAGGUAAUAAAUGCUGAGGUGGAUUCAAAGCUUCCUUUAAAUGUGUAUAUUUUGUUCAGUACCCAAUGCUUAUUAUAUCAGGGUCUUUAUUUCAUCUGUUUUCCAUGAGUUUUAGAUAUUUUAUUAGAGCUUAGUUUUUGUACAUAUUGAUAUUAUAUAUUUUUUGUCUGGAAAGAUUUUGUUAUGUUUUUUUUUUGUUUUUUUUUACACUGUUUUUAUUUUGUAAUCUAACUGAACAUGGUGGACAUGUGACUUGCCGAAGUUGUGCAAAGGGGUCGGAUUGGGAAGUAAAAGGACAGU